UCCUGUUUCCACACAAGUUCUGAUACCGUACUAUACGCCAAUAUGUCUUUAGUUAUUCAGGAAGAAGGUUCUUUCCAACACAUCUUACGUUUGUUGAACACCAACAUUGAUGGUAGAAUCAAGAUUAUGUACGCCUUGACCAAGAUCAGAGGUGUCGGUCGUCGUUACUCCAACUUGGUCUGUAAGAAGGCUGAUGUUGAUUUGAAUAAGCGUGCCGGUGAAUUGACUCAAGAAGAAUUAGAAAGAAUCGUCACCAUCAUGCAAAACCCAACCAACUACAAGAUCCCAGCUUGGUUCUUGAACAGACAAAAGGACCAAAUCGAUGGUAAGGAAUACCACGUCUUGGCCAACAACUUGGAAUCCAAGUUGAGAGAUGACUUGGAAAGAUUGAAGAAGAUCAGAUCCCACCGUGGUAUUAGACACUUCUGGGGUUUGAAGGUCAGAGGUCAACACACCAAGACCACCUCCCGUGGUCACUAAGUUAUUUUACUUGGGUAGAUUCUUUGGUAAACCUCGAUCUUUAUAUUUCCAUGUAAUUUAAUAUUAUACGCACAGAGAAAAU